GGGUAUCCUCCGGGUUUGUGUGGCUGUGUGUUUGUAUCCAUAGUUGCGAUCUGUAUGCAUCUGCCUGCCUGUGUUCCCCAGGCUCUGCUCUGGGUAUUAGUGCCACACUGUGUGUGCCAUUGUGGAUGUGUGUGUGUGUGUGUGUGUGUUGCUCUCCCUCCCAGCCUCCGCGACAGUCACCCCUUUGUCCUGCCGGCACUCUUGGGGCUCCAGGUCCCUGCCCUUGGCACGUCCCACCUGGGGACUGGGGAGGGGGAGCUGUGGCUGGACUGCCUGCCCCGAGGACCUGGGCAGGGGCAGCCUAGGUGAUGGGAGGAGCUAUCCUGUCAUGUCAUUUUGAGUGCUGGGGGGACGGGAAGCCCCCUGGAUGUUUGGCCCCCUGCCCCCACCUCCUGAAAAGCAGGGGCCCUGUGGGAGCCCUGGGACAGCCCAUGGAGCCUUUCCUGCGUGCUGCUCAGUUACCUACCUAGGACUCUCCAGCAGCAGCAGGACUGGGCCUGGGGGUACAAGCCCAGAGAGGGUACAGCAGCUGCCCAAGGUCACACAGCUGAGUGAUAGAGUUGGGAUUUGAACCCUAACCAGUUGCCAACCACUGGAAAUGCUGCUCUUGGUCAGAAGCUGGGAGACCUGGGUCUUGCCUGGCCUUGCCUUGUGAUUGAGAUGAAGUCGCUGUCCCAUCGGGCCUCAGCUCCCCAGGCCCCUCAGCAGACCACCCAGUCAUAUUAGGAGUUGCCGUGGCCCUGAUUUGGGGACCUUAUAAGGCCUGGGUGCGGAGCCCGUAACCCAACUCUGCCCUGGACCCCUGGCUUCUGUGAGGACUCCUCACAACCCAAGUUAUUUUGGACCAAGAAGUGGCAGGUGCCAGCAGGACAGAGGGGCUUAGGUUACCGGGAGGGAGCAGGGCAGGGUGGGGUCAGGAACAGCCCUCAGGGUGUCUUCGUGGCAGGCUGUCCCUGGCCCGGGGGCCUCUCCCUCCCCCACCAGCUGCAGACAGGCGCUGCCAGCUGUUACUCUUCCUUAAGCACACUUAGCAGGAGAGAGGUUAUAACUCGUAGCCCCUGAGCAGCGGGACGGUCCGCAAAGCUGCUGAAGGACCUAGUGGGUGCCAGGCCCUAGUGGGUGCCAGGCCCGGGGCAGCAGAAAACGUAGCCUCAAGUGUGACCCCAGCCAGGCCCUGGAGCAAGUCUCUCCUUCCCUCCCAAGGUGACUGUGAGGAUGGAGUGAGGCUCCCGGGGCUAUGCUCAGCCGGGGCCAGGCCCAGUGUGGUGGACACAGGCCUGCAGUACACAACAGAGAGGCCCAGUACGGUGUGGUGUGUGUGAUGCUGGGCGACGGUCACCUGCCAGUGUGUGGGAGUGGAAAGCAGAGUCCAGGAAGGCUUCCUGAAGGAGAGUGCUGGCUCGGCUCCCCAGACCUCGGCAGGAUGGAAGAGAAACUGAAGAAAACCAGGAUCAUCUUUGUGGUGGGCGGGCCUGGUUCGGGGAAGGGCACCCAGUGUGAGAAGAUUGUCCAGAAGUACGGCUACACCCACCUCUCCACCGGGGACCUCCUGCGGGCUGAGGUCAGCUCAGGCUCAGCCAGGGGAAAGAUGCUGUCGGAAAUCAUGGAGAAGGGGCAGCUGGUGCCACUGGACACAGUGUUGGACAUGCUCCGAGACGCCAUGCUGGCCAAGGUAGAUACUUCCAAAGGCUUCCUGAUCGACGGCUACCCCCGGGAGGUGAAGCAGGGGGAAGAGUUUGAGCGGAGGAUCGGACAUCCCACGCUGCUGCUGUAUGUGGACGCAGGCCCUGAGACCAUGACCAAGCGGCUCCUGAAGCGUGGAGAGACCAGCGGACGUGUGGACGACAAUGAAGAGACCAUCAAGAAGCGCCUAGAGACCUACUACAAGGCCACAGAGCCCGUGGUCGCCUUCUACGAGAAACGUGGCAUCACCCGCAAGGUCAAUGCCGAAGGCUCCGUGGACAGUGUCUUCUCCCAGGUCUGCACCCACCUGGACGCCCUCAAGUAGCAAAGCUGGAGCCCCUUCUCCAGCUCAGAGCCCGGCCCCACCCUCGUCCUGACUCAAGGCCUUCCCAGCCUGAGCUCAGCGCUUCCACCCUGCCCGGCUGGAGCACAGGCAGAGGAAGCCACUUUAUCCUGUUUUCAUGGACAGCUGAGCACUAAAGGAAUUUCCAAGGACAUUCAGUUUUACUCCUUUUUCUUUGAUUCCAUCAGGGAUGAUUCACAUGGCGUGGCCGCCCCAGCCUUGAGUCCUCAGCCCCUCCCCUUCCCGUUCCUCUUUGGACCCCUCAGCCCGCCUCAGCCGGUACCCCUCUCCUAGCUCCGUUGGAAGACACAGGGCCCUUCUUCACACAUGGCGUGCUGGGCCUGGGCUGUGCCAGGCGUGGGGACACUGGGUGACUGAGGAGUGGUCCUGGCUCUCGGGGACUCGUGGUCAGGCAGAGCUGGGCCCUGGCCUGGGUUCCUCUGCAUCCUUGUCGUGUGGCCUUGGUCCUGAGCCCCUUAGCUCUCCGAGCAUGUUUUCUGUCCCGAACCCCUGCUGGGGACUGGGCUGGAGCAGGCAGUGUGGUCAUGGGCUGUGGGAGGGCUUCCUGGGCAGUGGGGGCAGCACACAUCAGCCGGCCGAGUGGGCAGCGAAUUGGCCUCCUUGGUGCAAGAAGCUUUGAGGGUCCGGAAAGGGCAUCGGGAUUGAAUGGGGGGGGGGGUCAUGGUCAGGGGUGCCUCCCUGAUGAGGUGAGACCUGAAGGAUAUCCCACCAUGUGGUCCUGGACAGGUCACAACCUGCCCUUCCUGAGCCCAUUUCCAAGUCUGAAUUAGGAUCAGUGCCCCUACCCCCAACCCUCCCCCAAGGUUAGGGUGAGAACUCACUGAGCAAGGGGUGUGGGUGGUCAGUUACCGUGGCCUGUGGACCGGAGACCAGAGCAGCCUCAGGGAGGUGCAGGGCUGGGGUGCUUGGGGGCUGCCCCGGAAUCCCCUGGGGAGAAUCAUCUUCCCUCUUCUGUUCUCUUUCACUCUUUGACCUCAUCACGGAGAAAGUCUCCAUUGGUGCUCACGUGUCCCUAACACCUGUCCCAAGCCCAGCUGGCUCCCUUUAAAGCCAAGAGAGCCUUCAACAGGGCAUCCCCAGCUGGAAUGAAAUCCUGUGCAGGGCUGAGGGUGCCCCUGUGUGUCCCCUUCUACCUACAGCAAGUGCGGCUGGUUUUCCAUUUACAGUAGUU